AUGAGUAUUAAGUUGGUGGUUGCUCAGUGCACCGUAAACGUCGUUAGUGCCUAUGCGCCUCAUAUGGGCCUCGAUGAGGAGGUUAAACGACGCUUUUGGGAGGGGUUGGAUGAGAUUAUUCAUCAGGUACCACCUAAUGAGAAGUUAUUCAUAGAAGGGGAUUUCAAUGGCCAUAUUGGGUCGAACGCAGGUGUGUAUGACGAAGUGCAUGGAGACUUUGGUUUUGGGGAGAGGAAUGAAGGAGGAACCUCGUUACUGGACUUCGCUAAGGCUUUUGGGUUGGUGGUUGCUAACUCUUGUUUUCCGAAGAGGGAGGGGCGUUUGGUUACUUUUCAAAAUGCAGUGGCGAAGAUUCAAAUUGACUAUCUCCUCCUCAGGAGGCGCGACAGAGGCUUGUGCAAGGAUUGCAAGGUGAUUCCAGGUGAGAUACUUGUGACGCGACAUAGGCUCUUGGUGAUGGACGUUGGUAUUAUGGUGAAGAGGAGGAAAAUGUCAGGUCGAGGAACACCGAGAAUCAGGUGGGGAGCCUUAACUAAGGACAAAGCUCAAGAGUGGGAAGGGCGGUUGUCGGUUAUGGGAGCUUGGAGGAGCAGUGGUGACGCGAACUCUAUGUGA